AUGGAUUCACAGUGGCAGCCAUAUCAGGAUCCCUUGAUGGGCCGUCCUGCCCAGUUCAAUAAUGGCCAACAGCUAGCCUCCAAAUACGGCGGCCAGCCACCACAGUCACAGCCGCCUAUGGGAUACACAUACGAACCCUUUCAAACUCCCGGCAUCGCUGCCAAACCCCCUUCGAUCGGCUCCAACUCGAAAUCCAUGUCCAUGGCGUCGUCCCCGGUCGCCACGCCACGUAGUAGGGAUUAUGUCACAGAUGCGGACACCACUAUGGAGGAUGCAGACCCGUACAACCGGGCAAAAUACUCUACGAGACCGAGUCACAACAGUCGACCUUCUUCCCAGUUCUUUUCUAAUGAAGAAUCCUCGGCGGCUCGCAGAUACUCCCCGAUGAAUGUCUUGUCUUCGCCGCCGUCAUCGAUGUCGUAUAAUACAAGCCCUGGGAAGAAUGCCAACUCUUAUGCUUUUCCUCCGGGCCCGAACAACUCUCGAAGGUCACCGGCAAGGGCGCCCAACUACUCUUCGCCUCCUCAGGCGUAUCAACCUCCUUCGGCAUCCCGGGCCCCUAGGCUUCCCCCUCUGCAGGCUGCUGAAAUGAGCCCCGAGCAAUAUCACCCGCCUUCGGCCGGCUCUCAACUGAGUGCUCCAUUUGGACAUGACGGACGAUCUCCACGCUCUGGAUCUGUAUCUGGCGGAAGUCACCAACCAGCACCAGGUCGUGGUCCAGUUCCGAAGUUCCAAAAAAUACAAUCUGUUCAAAACUUGCAACCGCGCAUACAUGCGCAACCGCCGUAUAGACGCGCCAAUCCUGAGGGAGGUUUUAUCAGUCCGCUCCAAGCGUUGACGACCCACCUUCCGGCUACCUAUCGGAUAUGCAAUCCCGGCUUCAACUACGAGUCGUCUAGGAAUCCACGGCGAGUACUGACCAAACCAAGCAAAGGUUCGAAGAAUGAUGGCUACGACAACGAGGAUAGCGAUUACAUCUUAUACGUGAACGAUAUUCUUGGUAGCGAGGAAGCAGGCCACAAGAAUCGCUACUUGAUUCUCGAUGUUUUGGGCCAAGGAACCUUCGGGCAAGUUGUGAAAUGCCAAAAUUUGAAAACGCAAGAGGUUGUAGCCGUCAAGGUCAUCAAAAAUAAGACGGCAUAUUUUAACCAAAGUAUGAUGGAAGUGUCUGUUUUGGAUCUGCUCAACAGCAAAUAUGACAAGAACGACGAUCAUCAUCUCCUCCGGUUGAAGGAUACUUUUAUCCAUCGACAACACUUAUGCCUUGUCUUUGAACUGCUUAGUGUCAAUCUUUACGAACUGAUUAAACAAAACCAGUUCCGCGGUUUGAGUACAACACUUGUACGCGUAUUUGCACAGCAGCUUCUUAAUGCACUGAGCCUGCUGAACAAGGCACAUCUAAUCCACUGCGAUCUCAAACCUGAAAAUAUAUUGCUGAAGAAUUUGGAGAGUCCGAUCAUCAAAGUCAUCGAUUUCGGAUCUGCCUGCGAUGAACGACAAACAGUUUACACUUAUAUACAAUCGAGAUUUUAUCGUUCCCCCGAGGUUCUCCUCGGUUUACCUUACUCCUCCGCAAUUGAUAUGUGGUCUUUAGGAUGCAUCGUCGUCGAGCUCUUCCUUGGUUUGCCACUGUUCCCGGGAUCUUCGGAAUAUAAUCAAGUAUGUCGUAUUGUGGAGAUGUUGGGUCUACCCCCAACAUGGAUGCUUGAAAUGGGCAAGCAGUCUGGUGAAUUUUUCGAGAAGACACAAGACGAGUUUGGAAGAAAGACAUACCGCCUCAAGAGUCUGGAACAAUAUUCCAGGGAGCACAACACAAAGGAGCAACCGAGCAAGAAAUAUUUCCAGGCAUCGACACUGGAGGAAAUCAUUCGUAGCUACCCAAUGCCAAGAAAGAACAUGAAGCAGGCAGAAAUCGAGAGAGAAUUGAAUAACCGGGUGGCAUUCAUCGACUUCGUGCGUGGCCUGUUGUCCAUCAAUCCCCUUGAGCGUUGGUCGCCGCAACAAGCCAAGCUGCACCCCUUCAUUACGCAACAGAAGUUCACUGGACCAUUUGUGCCGCCGAUGAAUCUCAAGUACUCGUCGCUCAACAAGACCAUUGCCCCAGGCAUCCAGCAACAGCAGCAAGCAGAGGCUGCAAGUAAGCAGAGGGCAGCACAGGCGGCGCAUGCACAGUCUGCAGCACAAACUGCCUACUCGAUGCAGAUGAACCAAUUCCACACGUCUCCUCACGCUCAGCCUCCCCCCAUGUACAACGGGAUGUUUACUGGUCACCAGCAGGGUGCCCCGCCUCCGUACCCCACCCAGCCGCCGGGUUACGGCCAUCAGAUGAACAUCAUGCCGGGCCAGAUGCCUCCUCAAACACAAUAUGCACCUUCUCAAAGUCUCUAUGCACAGGCAACAACAAGAGCUGGCCGUCAGCGUGCUUCCACUAUGGACCACCAAAAUGGAGGCAUUCCCCCGACCAUUCAAAGAGUCGCCAGUCACCUCGACCCCAAUGCACCCAUCCGCUUGCAGCCUAGUCCGGCAUACUAUCCACCGCCCCCAGAUGGCUACGUUGAUACCAAUGCCGCUAAUCAAAGACGGCGAGGGAGCCGUACAGGUGGCAAUCAACGAAACAGGGAUUUUAUCCGCACCCUUGAAGACGGUGUUCUUGGAGGCGAAGGUUUUGUGGGUCAGAACCAGUGGCACUGA